AUGUAAUCUAUUUAGAGCAAUAGUAAUUAAAUACAGAGAACAAUGGGAAGAGAUCGAAAUGGAUAAUCUUUAUAAGUUGGAUUACCAAUUUCAGCUGUUUAGAAACUGGAUGUAACAAAUGUAACAUUAAGAAAAUAUGAUCGUUAUACAGGUAAUCCAGAAACUAUAGCAUGGGAGAAACAUUUAUUAUGUGAAAUAGGGGUAAAUGAUUUUAGUAUAGUUAUAGGAUGAAGAUUUGAACUUCAUAAAAGAUUUUUACUUGGAAUAAAAAUCAUACAACGAUGAGGAGUAUUACUUUAGAUACAUUGAUUCAAUAAGAAGCAAAUACUUAUCAGAAGCAAAGGAAGCUUAUACAUUAGCUAAAGAUAUUUGUAAAUAAUUGGUGGCAGAAGAUCUAAUAAAAACUUAAAGAUUAAAAAAGAAUCGUAAAUAAGUGACUUAAAGAAUUAGAUAGACUUUAGGAACUUUUAAACAGACAAAGAAUGAAGAUAUUUUGAGAUGGGUAAUAUUGAUUAAAUUAAGAAUAGAGAACUGGUUUAAAGAAGUUAUUUCAUGAAAUGAGAGAUGCUAUUCAACAUAUACUUGAUGCAGGAGGAGAAAAAGAAUUUUUUAGAUUAGAAGAGUUAAUAAAAUAAAAGUAACAUAUAACGGAAGACUUUUUAAAAGGUCUUCCUAAUCGUAAUGUAUAAGAGAUAAAUAAAUAUUUAUAAUCAAUAAGAUUGUUUGUAUCAAAAAAAACAGAUGAAUUUCAAUAACACAAAUUGGAACAUGGAGAUGAUUUUCAUUUUGAUGAGAAAACGAUAAGAGAAUUAUCUAGAUCUUCUUUGGAAGAUACUGCUUCAUGUUAUAGUGAUAGAUUAACAGAGAUAAGAGCACAUUCAAAAAGAGAAAAAUAAAAGGAAGCUGAGAAAAAGAUAGAAAAAUUUUAUGAUUUAAAUUAAUUGAAAAACAAAUGGAAAACAACAAAUGUAGAUUAAUUGAAAGGAACCAUUAGAAGAGUAUUAGUAAAAGAGACAUUAUCUGAAGCAGAACAUAUACGUGCAAGAGCAUAUAGAUUAGAAUAAGAGAAAAAAGGAAUUUAGAUUUUGAAGAUUGAAUAACCAAAGAAACGUAGAUAGACAGCUUAAGAAAGAAUAUAAGAAAGAAAAGAAAAGAAAGAUAAAAGAUCAGUAGCUGAAUAUUAAAAGAAACAUACAUUAACAAGAGAAGAAAUGAAGACUGAAUAAUUGAAAUAAGAAUUUUUUACAAAAUACAAUCCAAAAUCUAGCAUAGGAGAACAAUUUAGUGCAGCUGUGGGUUAUAAUAAUUUAUUUUGA